UAAACAUUUAUUAUUUCGUCUGCUAAUCAAACAUGUGCUCUGACAUAUUGGAAGGCUCUUGUGCGGGAGAUCGUUUCUGAUUUUUCGUUAUCAUAGUUACUUGUACGAAACUUGGAUAACAUAAUUUUUCUCCAUAUUGUUAACUUUGUCAGCUAGGAUGGGGAAAUCCAAAUCGAAUCGACAUAACAAGCAAGUUCGUGAUAAUCCCACUGGAAUCGCUAAUAAAUCUGACUCUGAAGAAAUUGUGAUGGAUUGUGCUGUCAAGAGUCCUUAUACUGGAACUGUCCUCUCGUCAGAAACCCUAAAGUCUUUUUCAAGACAGUUACAAAGUUCAUCAGCAGAAGAGCGGGACUGUGCUUGCCAUGCAUUAGCAGGAUUGAUAAGAAAUAAUGAGGAUUCAUGUGCAGCAUUACAAGAAGGACUAAUAAAAGUUCUUGGUCCUCUGUUGCUGGAUACAAGUGCCUCCGUUUGUCAUUCUACUGCUUCAGCACUUCAUACAAUAAUUUCAAAAGGAGGAGAUCAAGCGAUCAAACUUGCCAUUGAACACGACAUUUUAACACCACUGAUUGCUUUAUUAAAGAGAAUCCCAUCACAGUGGAAACCUCAUAAAGCAUCUGGCGACAAAAUUGAUACUUCUACAGCCACCUUUAUAGAAACAGUUGCAACACUAAAUCUUCUCUCCGAAAGCAGCACUCUAGCUGUUGACCGGAUGCAUCGCGAAAAUAUAGUUUCGAUGUUAAUUUCGUAUUUGGACGUAAAUGCGUAUGGCUUGGAUGUUGUUUCGUCGGUUGUCCAGUUCCUCAGCACAGUAACUGAAGAACAGGGUGAUACUGACUACACAGAAGUUUUGAAAAAAGAGAUUAUUUCGAAAUUCCUCAAUGUGAAAGAAUCUAGCCCUUUGUUGAGAACUCUAUCACUUAUGAUACUUCUUAACUUGAACCAUCAGCAGUUAAAUUCAGAAUUGGGACAGUCAACUCAAGAUAUUAUAAAUAUCCUGACUUCUUCUCUUUGCCUUGAUCAAAGGAAGGCAGCGUCUUCAGUGGUCGAUCAUUUACCGACAACUCAAGAUGAAAACGGUGGGGAUGCAAUGGAAGAAGAUUCUUUGGCCUCUAAGUUACACGAUUCUGUCGAAGCUGCCGAAGAAUUAAUCUCUGCUCAAAUAAAAUCUCUUGAAAUAUUAACCAAUAUUUGUUGCUCUGGAGAUGACGGCGACUCGGAUGAAUUCUACGAAGAUGAAUCCAUUAGCGAUGAAUCACUGGGUAAUGAAGGAUUUCAAGAAAGCCUUAUAGACUUGAAUCCAGAGUUGAAGAAAGCUUUCAUCGAUGCGCGACUAUUUCAACUGGUUAUUGAAAAAGCAAAAUUACCGGCAACGAAUAUAAUUGAAGCCUUAAAUCAGCACCCAACAGGAAAAUCUCUUAUUAAACGUUACGAAGCGCUCCAAUGUAUGGGGUUCUUGUGUUUAAGUAACAUGGUGAUGGUUUUCGAAGUUGACGAUAUUGGUGGCAGCAAGGAUUUAUUCGACAUUUGGUGUGGCUUAGCAGUCGUGGCUUUCCAGGGUAGUAAGUCGGAACAGAUGCUGGGAAGUGCAACUGCUUCUAUGCGUGCCAUAAUUCGAAAAUUGUCGUAUCAUAAAGACAUAGUCAACCUUUUGAAGUUAGAAGACAUCACUCUCCUCUGUCAGAGAGUUGUAGACUGUUCUCAUCCUCAGUCAAAAGUGAAUUUGCUUCAGAUUCUCGGCACACUUGGUUCAAUGGCAGCUGGAGUUGAACCACCCAUAUUGGAACCUCGAUCUUCAAUUGUUCGCGGAAUCGGUCAAAUCCUUCUCGACACUGCUUGCCUUUCUCCUGACUUGUGGAUUACAGCUGAAGCUAUGGAUGCCUUAUUUGAUGUUUUCAAGGAGGAUCACACAGACCCAAUUGUUGGAGAUAUUCAACUGGUGGAGCGUUUAAGAACAUUGGCACCCACUUUCAAGCAUCGUGUCCAUUCACAACGUCGUAGCCUACCGGCGGAUCAUCUCCCAGUUGUUAUGACUGCUAGAGACAAUCUACUCCGCUUCAUCAAGUAUAAGACAAAGCAACGAUCGUUAGCUAAUCGAUAAUGUAAUGUAUGAAUUGUUGAAGCUUUAACAAAAGUUGCUAUUGGACUGUU